AUGGAAAAGUUGGAAAUCAUGAUUAAGCUUGCUUCUGAUCGGAAUAUCGACCAGGUUUUACUGGAGUUCAAAGAAUAUGCGACGGAAGUUGAUGUUGAUUUUGUUAGAAAGGCUGUUCGUGCCAUAGGGCGUUGUGCCAUCAAAUUAGAGAGAGCUGCUGAACGGUGCAUUAGCGUUCUCCUGGAACUGAUAAAGAUCAAAGUAAACUACGUGGUUCAAGAGGCUAUCAUAGUUAUCAAAGACAUCUUUAGAAGAUACCCUAACACCUAUGAAUCCAUCAUUGCAACACUUUGUGAGAGUUUGGACACUUUAGACGAGCCAGAAGCUAAGGCAUCAAUGAUAUGGAUAAUUGGUGAAUAUGCGGAAAGAAUCGACAAUGCUGAUGAGCUUCUUGAAAGCUUCUUGGAGAGUUUCCCAGAAGAGCCUGCACAAGUCCAGUUGCAACUGCUGACAGCAACUGUUAAACUAUUUCUAAAGAAGCCGACAGAAGGUCCACAGCAAAUGAUUCAGGUUGUCUUGAAUAAUGCUACUGUGGAGACAGACAAUCCUGAUCUACGGGAUCGUGCAUACAUAUAUUGGCGUCUCCUCUCUACUGAUCCCGAGGCAGCAAAAGAUGUCGUGUUAGCUGAGAAACCUGUGAUUAGUGAUGAUUCAAACCAGCUUGAUCCAUCUCUGCUUGAUGAACUACUUGCUAAUGUUGCUACAUUGUCCUCCGUAUAUCACAAACCACCAGAUGCUUUUGUAACUCGCGUGAAGACUGCUACUCAGAAAACUGAAGACGAAGACUAUGCUGAAGGGAGUGAACAAGGAUAUUCUGAUGCUCAAGCUGCCGAUGGAGGUGUCUCACCUCCAACGAGUUCUAAUAAUGUUCCAUAUGCUGGAGCACGACAGCCAGCGCCUGCUCCUGCUCCUGUCCCUGUGCCUGAUUUAUUAGGUGAUCUAAUGGGUUUAGACAAUAGUGCUAUUGUCCCUCUUGAUCAGCCUGCCCCACCUUCUGUCCGUCCUUUGCCUAUUCUACUACCAGCAUCAACUGGUCAGGGUCUGCAAAUUAGUGCUCAGUUGAUGAAACAGGAUGGUCAAAUAUUUUACAGCUUACUUUUCGAGAACAACUCACAGAUUUUGCUUGAUGGCUUCAUGAUUCAGUUCAACAAGAAUUCAUUUGGUCUUGCAGCUUCUGCACCUCUGCAGUAG